CGGAGAUUCAGUCAGGCAGUGAAUCUGAGUGGCGUCGCGGCAUGUUUACAAUGCGGAAAGUUUCCAGCAGAAAUCAUCCGAUAUUUACAAUGACAUGACAAUCAAAACAGCCUAUUAAGCGGCACAACUGCAGCAUCACUCGAACCCCUAACAUCCAUCCCUCCUCUGAUUGGACGGUUGGGAUUCAGAUUCCCUGGAUGUCAUGGUAACAGGGUUAUGGAUAUGAGUGAUGAGUUUGACAGAGGGAUGGAGCCCGAAGAUGAUCUCGCGUCCUUUGAGGUGGUCAACCUGUCGAACCCGGGCCUGCUGGAUCUCAAUGCCGCCGGACACGUCCAACAGUCCAAGGAGAAGACCAAACUCAAAACCAAACUCGUUUCAGCAUGGAAUAACGUCAGAUAUGGAGGCUGGUCUCUGAAGAGCAGACCGCGUCUCAGUAAGAGCAGUCCCGUGUGUCUGCUGGGACAGUCCUUUCAGCUGAGCUACAGUGGAGAGCGAGAGAGUUUCUGGCGGGCGUUCUCCUCCCUGCUGUGGAUGACCUACAGGAGAGGUUUCCCGCCACUGGACGGCUCGGCCCUCAGCUCUGACGCGGGAUGGGGCUGCAUGCUCCGUAGUGCACAGAUGCUGUUAGCUCAGGGACUGCUGCUGCACAUGAUGCCUGCGGGCUGGACGUGGCCUGCGACGCACCAUCAGACCAAAGAUGACCUGGAGGUGGUUGACGCUCACUUGCUGGAUAAUUCCCUCAGAGACUUGGGCAAACCUCGCAGGCGCAGUUUGGGCACCACUCUGGACUGUGAGACUCAGGAGGAGAGGACUCACCGGAGGCUGGUGUCCUGGUUCGGGGAUUCACCGUCUGCCCCGUUCGGCCUGCACCGGCUGGUGGAGUUGGGCAGGGACUCUGGGAAACGGGCGGGUGACUGGUAUGGACCGGCCAUUGCAGCUCACAUACUGCAGAAGGCCGUGUCAGCGUCGGAGCUGUCGAAUCUGGCGGUGUACGUGGCGCAGGACUGCACAGUGUACAUUGGAGACGUGUUAAACCUGUGCGGGACGUCCCGUACGGAUCUCUCAGUGAGGUCUGGGUGGAAGUCGCUCAUUCUGCUGGUGCCUGUGCGUCUAGGGUCGGACGCGUUGAAUCCCGCUUACACUCGAUGUGUCAAGAGGUUGCUGGAGCUGCGGUGCUGCAUGGGAAUCAUCGGAGGGAAGCCCAAACACUCGCUGUUUUUUGUGGGAUUCCAGGAUGAUCAGCUGAUAUAUUUGGAUCCUCAUUACUGUCAGACUGCUGUAGAUGUCAAACAAGACAACUUCCCUUUAGAGUCGUUUCACUGUAAAAGAGUCAGGAAGAUGCCGUUUAACCGCAUGGACCCCAGCUGCACGGUGGGCUUCUACGCCGGAAGCAGGGCGGAUUUCCAGACUCUGUGUUCAGACGUCACUAAGGCUCUGACCUCAUCCGAGGAGAAGUACCCCAUCUUCACAUUUGUGGAGGGUCAUAAUGAGGAGGACAGCGGCUGUACCUCUGACUCAGUCGCUCACAUAAAGACAAAUAAAAGCAGACUGGGCCGAACCAAAAAGAAGAGCAGCAUGGACGAUUUUGUGCUCCUGUGAUACACAGACUGUACUUCCUGUUUGUUACUCCAGUACUUCCUCCAGUGUGUGUCAUGUGACAGGGGCUGUCACAUUCUCUGGCAUGUCAAAGGAGAAUGUCCAAAACAGACGGCGAGUCAUUAGCAGGGUUAACAGGGUUUUUCCAAACUGCUGCUUGUUUUUCUGUAGCUGCCGUGUGUGAACGCAUCAUACAGGAGGAUGUGAUGAGGUCUGCAUGCGUUGGUGAGCAGGUGGCUAAGCAGAUUAACACGGAUGAUGCUAAUGACAGCAGACAGUGAGGCUCUUGGACAGAUGAGAGGUGCAGACGUUACUCUUUGAUGGGAUUUAAACACUGUGAUUUAGUAAAAAAAAAAAAAAAAAAAACUUCUCUGGUACAGCACCAACUACUACUGACGACAUGAAUUCAACUUCCACAGAAUUUGCAUUGAUAAUACAUGUUUUCUGGUCUUGUUUUCUGAACAAACUUUUUAUUUAAAAAAAUAAAAUAAAAUAUUGAACAGUG